GUCACAUCGUAAACAAGGAAGUGAAAUCUGAAAAUCUUUUAGUUCUACUCGGCACUGCUCGGGGAGUGACGACGGGCUCUCUGAUUUUUGCAGUAAUUUUUCAGAAAAGAAAAACGAUCCGACGUCGAAAUGGCAGAUAUGAAGAGUGAAUGGGCCAUGUGGGCCAACGAACACGGCUUCGUGAGUGGAAUUGUGAUGCUGAUGGGAGGCAUAACUGGCGUCUUUGGAUUUGAUGGAUAUGAGUUUGCAGCAUACACCAUUGCUGCUGGCGCCUUCAUUACGUUGUUGGAGUAUCCUCGGAGCCAACGGAGGAAGGGAUCUCUUGUAGCCAGAAGGUUUCAGCAUAUACUGCAUCCCAUCAUGAACCUAGGUGGACCAAUCACCAAAAACUACUACAUUCGUUUUGUCCUGUAUUUGCUCAUGUCGGUACCCAGCAUCUUCACCCUGCCCACAGUGCUCGGCGGUGCGUCUCUCUUCAUCGCCGGUCUCAUUUAUUUCAAGGCCGCCCUCGGGGGUGAGGGCUGGCACGUGGACAGCAUGGCGCUGGCUCGUCAGAAGACGCUGACUAACCGUCCCCCUGCUAAUCCCCCGCCCCGUCCCCCACCCCAGGGUGCUGCCAAACCUGAUGAUAACUUCACCGAGAUCCCCCUGGGUAAUGUCAGUGGGCAGUAAAUAUAUUGUAAUGUCAGAGUGACAAGAAUUGAUCAACAAUACUCUUUGCUCACUAAACGGUGAUUUUUGUUCGUGGAAUUUUGGAUCUUGGAACUUGCUGUUUAGUAUUUAUCAGGUAUUUAGGCCAAAAAAA